UGAAACGAACGAGAAUGUGUUCAAAUUAAUAGAUUUGAUUUUUAGCUGAUAAUCAUACACUAACUAUGGAUGUUUUUAUAGUAGUGGUACUUCUCUAUAAUGUUGGAGUUGCAUAUUUUCAGCAAUGCACCGUAAGAACAUUACGUGUAGAUGCAGAUAAGACUGGGUAUAAGUUAAACGGAUAUACCUAUAUCACUUUCUCUAAUAUUGGUCCGAAUACAUGUGACAACGAAUGUAUCCGAAGAACAAAGUGCCUCUCAUUUAACUACAACAGCAUAACACGAAGAUGUGACAUAAACAAAAUGACUAGUAGCUCAGAGACAGAUUUUGUGGACGAAACAAAUUGUGUGUAUGUUGAUAUGACACAAUACAGAGGGGACUCCUAUUAUGAUCCAUGUCCCGGCAGCGAUGCUUGUGUUGAGGGAGAAUUUUGCCAGACUUUGAAAGAUGACAAAAAGAUAUGUAAUAGAGAUGUAAAAGGUAUGUGA